CGUCUCUCCUUCCUUCUUGGAAGAAAAAGAAAGAGGAGGGCCUUCAUUGGUUAGAGUGGGAGUCGCGUUGCAUGACGUCAUAUCUGCGAGCAGCGAAGAAAACCGGGUAGUCGGGGCUUUGGAGAGGAGAUGGAAAAAAUUUGCAGCUGUGAACUGUAGUGGCAGGUAGCGGCGCUUGAGUGACAAGAAUAGGAUCGACUAUGGUCGUGUUUGGUUUAACCGUCAUUCGGCAUGGGGAAACAAGAUACAACAAAGAGAAGAUACUGCAAGGACAAGGUAUAGAUGAGCCCCUCUCUGAGACUGGCUUCCGACAAGCCAGCGCUGUUGGAUUAUAUCUCAGUAAUGUAAAAUUUACUCAUAUCUUCACAAGUGAUCUCCUUCGGGCAAAACAGACUACAACCUUGAUUCUAAGAAACAAUCAGUUCUGCAAAGAGGCUGCUGUAAAAUACGAUGCACGACUUCGAGAGCGGAAAUAUGGAGUGGCAGAAGGGAGGCCUCUGAGUGAUCUCAAGGCAAUGGCAAAAGCUGCGGGGGAGCAGUGUCCCUCUUUUACACCAUCUGGGGGAGAAACACUAGAUGAAGUAAAAGCACGUGUCAAGGAUUUUUUUGAAUAUCUUUGCUGUUGUGUUGCCCAAGAAGCAUGUCCAGAAAAGAAAGUUACCACAAAGACCGAAGGAAGUGGCACAGAAAUGGCAAAUGGAAGUUCUACCACCUCACUGACAAACCACCACAGCGGACUGGAAUUUCAUUCUGAUAGAGCUGCUGAAGUGCUUGAUGCCAACAUACUGGUUGUGAGUCAUGGGGCAUACAUGAGAAACUGGAUUGGCUAUUUCAUUUCAGAUCUAGCAUGCACUUUGCCAGCCACUUUGACAAAGACUGAACUAUCUUCUGUUAGCCCCAAUACAGGAAUUAGUCAGUUCAGUAUAAAACUAGAGAUGAGAGAGAAAAUUACACCAGAAAUCUGCUGUGUUUGUCUUAAUAGAGAUGAUCAUUUAGGUGACAUGAUAGCUGAAAACAUGGAACUCUGAAACUCUAGAAGUACAAAGUGUAUAUAUGCAGUCUGUAAAAGGCAAACACAAUUUGGGUUGGUCUUUCACACUCUGAUCCACUUCCUGUGUAGCUUGGAAAAAUUUGGUAAUGUGGCUCUGAGCAUACGGUAAGUGGUGGCGACACCUGCCAUUUCCAAAGUUGGAGAAUUACAUUUUUGUAUGUUUGUUAGUGUUCUUCUCACUUUGCUUCUUUCUUGUGUUAAUAAUUUCUACAGAGAAUAUAACCUAUAACUUAUAUUUCUCUCAUUAUUCAUCCUAGAAAUCUGUGUCAAAUUUACUUUUCUUAAUUUCAAAGCCUUUGUAUCGGUCAAUGUCAUAUGAUGGUGAAGACAGCCUUUUGUGUUUCAAACUGGAGGUUAUGUUCUAUUUUUAUUUUGGGUGCAUUAACAUGGGAUCAGUGGGAUUUACUCCCCUGCAAUCAUGCUUAGGAGAGGUGAAACUGAC